AGGUGCAGGACGGGCAAGCGACUGGAGCUACAGAAAAGGAAGGGAGGAAAGGAAAGGAAAGGACAGGACAGACCAGCAGGUGGAGCAGCGCCCGAACAGUAACAUCUGCCUGGCAGUGCAGAGAGUCAGAGCUCCAGAAGGAAUAGCCAGUUAGCCCAGAAAUGUCUGCAAGCCGUGGCAUAUUACUCAGCAGCACUAGACCUCAUAACUCAAGGCCUGAUCUCAUGCACUAGGGCAGUGGCAGCAGCAACUGGGAUGAUUGAGAAAGCAAGAAAUAUUGUCCUGGGCAGCUCCUAAUGCCAGCGGUUCAUUCCUCAGUUUUCAUUGCUCCUCUCCAGAGUUCAAGCAACUGUGAAUGUGCUACAGUUGGGCAGCACAUAGGUUUAUGGCAAUAAACGCAAAUGGUCAUUGGCUUCUUGGACUGAACUUUCUAUACAUGCAACAAGAUGCACUCAGACCCCCUGAGAUGUCCCCUCCCUUUGGUGGCCCAGUGGCACGGGCAGCAGAGCCCUGCGAGGGCGAGAAUCACGGACUCCGCACAAUCCAAUGUGAACUCAAGCGAAGCCGUUUAUUGCUUGUUACAAUUCUCCUUAAGUAUCUUUUUGACCUGUCCACGCACUUACAGACUGCAUGUAACUGGACAAGAGCUGCUGUUCACGCGCCGCAAACCCACGAGUGACUGGAUGUUACAAAUCCGCACGAGCUCUAGUGCUAAGCAAAAAGUAUCUACAAAAUUGGUGACUUGCUGACUCUUCUUCACUUGCUCAAGGCUGCACGAGCUCACGUAAGACGCGGAGGCAGUUUUGCUCUCUUCUGGGUCACAUAGGCCUCACAGGCCUGUUCAGUUCAGUUCCAUAUAACAUCCGUUCUAUUCAAGAAAUGCCUCAGAUCUCCCACAGAGCCCCACACGGCAAAGCCCGCCACAUCUGCCCCAGGCUGUCCUGCCCUGGCUGGUGCUGACAGGAGGGGAGACCGGGUGGUGACAGGCCUGGGGGGUGACAGGAGUACAUGGAGCAGUGAGAGGCCUGGGGGGUGACAGGAGGGACAUGGAGCAGUGAGGCAUUUGACACAGUCUCCCACAGCAUCCUCACAGCUAAACUGGGGGAGUGUGGUCUGGAUGAUCGGGUAGUGAGGUGACUGUGAACUGGCUGAAGGGAAGAAGCCAGAGAGUCGUGGUCAAUGGGGCAGAGUCCAGUUGAGGCCUGUAUCUAGUGCAGUGCCUCAGGGGGCAGUGCUGGGGCCGGUAUUAUUCAACAUAUUCAUCAAUGAUUUGGACGAGGGAAUAGAGUGACUGUCAGCAAGUUUGCUGGUGACACCAAGCUGGGAGGAGUGGCUGACACUGUGCUGCCAUCAGAGAUCUGGACAGGCUGGAGAGUUGGGCAGGGAAACAUUGAAUGAAAUAGAACAAGGGCAAGUGUAGAGUCUUGAAUCUGGGCAGGAACAACCCCAGGUUCCAGUAUAAGUUGGGAAACGACCUGUUGGAGAGCAGUGUAGGGGAAAGGGACCUGGGGGUCCUGGCGACAGCAGGGUGACCAUGAGCCAGCACUGGGCCCUUGUGGCCAGGAAGCCAAUGGUACCUGGGGUGGGUUAGAAGGGGGUGGUCAGUAGGUCAGAGAGGUUCUCCUGCCCCUCUGCUCUGCCCUGGGGAGACCACACCUGGAAUAUUGUGUCCAGUUCUGGGCCCCUCAGUUCCAGCAGGACAGGGAACUGCUGGAGAGAGUCCAGUGCAGCCACCAAGAUGCUGAAGGGAGUGGAGCAUCUCCCGUGUGAGGAAAGGCUGAGGGAGCUGGGGCUGUUUAGCUUGGAGAAGAGGGGUGACCUUAUUGAUGUUGAGAAAUACAUAAAGGGUGAGUGUCAGGAGGAUGGAGCCAGACUCUUCGCAAUGAGUUCAAACUGGAACUCAGGAGGUCCCUUCCAAUCCCUAAUAUUCUGUGAUUCUGUGAGAGGCCUGGGGGGUGACAGGACAUGGCCCUUUUGUCACAGCACACCGGGCUGUGGAAUGCGCGGGGGCUGCGCGGUGCCACUGUGACUGCAGGUGAGGCGCUGCUGGUGACCCCUACAGUUGGUGUCCCGGGAAACCCCCAAACAGAACCCUGAGACAGGGGCGCCUGAGCUGGGCCUGGGAGCGCUGUGGGACAGAGAGGGAGCAGAGACGGAGCCGAGGCCGCGGGAGCCUUUCCCUCCUGUGCGCCUGCCCGGGCUGUGAGCUCGGGCUCAGCCCGCAGCGCUCGCCCCAAAGCCCUCGGUGGACCUUCCUGCUGUCGCCGUGGGGGCAAACCCAGCGUGGGGGCCAGGGCGCCGUUUGCCACAGCAGACGCUGUUGUGGAGCAGCAGCACCCGGCCAUGGGCACGUCACGUGUCUACUACAAGUUCUUCGCCGCUCUGGACUACGAAGCAGUCACCUUCAACGGCCUCCAUAUCUCCCUGCACGAGCUCAAGUGCAAGAUCAGGGCUCGCAAGAAGUUGAAGGCGACCAAGUGUGACCUGCUGGUCACCAACGCACAGACCAAAGAAGAAUACACAGAAGAUAAUGCCCUGAUUCCAAAGAACUCAUCAGUGAUUGUUAGAAGAGUCCCUGGUGGAGGAGUUAAAGCCACCAGCAAAACAAAUGAUGUGGUUCCUGAGUCACAGAAAAUCCUCCAAAGUGCUUCCAGAAGCCGAACGGAGGCAGCGAGUGGAACAUCAAAAGCAAUUGAUGACUCUUCUGCACGUAUGGCCCAGCUUAUUAAGGCUGCCAAUCUGGCUGAAGCCGACGCUUCCGAAGAAGAGAAAAUAAAAGCCAUGAUGAUACAGUCCUGCCAGGCAUACAAUCCAGUCAAUUUCGUGAACAAACACUCGGGCCCGCCUCCACCAUCAUACACUUGCUUUCGUUGUGGACAGCCUGGCCACUAUAUAAGGAACUGCCCAACUAACACGGACAAAAAUUUUCAGCCUGUUCCCAGAAUUAAAAAGAGCACAGGAAUUCCAAGGAGUUUCCUGAUGGAAGUGAAAGAUCCCAAUACCAAGGGUGCUAUGCUGACAAACACGGGAAAAUAUGUAAUACCAAUUAUCAGUGCGGAAGCUUAUGCGAGAGGAAAGAAGGAAAAGCCUCCCUUCCUACCAGCGGAGCCGCCCUCCUCCUCCUCCUGCUCAGAUGAGGCUCUUGUUCCAGCUGAGUUGUUAUGUCUCAUUUGUAAAGAUGUCAUGACUGAUGCAGCUGUUAUUCCCUGCUGUGGAAACAGUUUUUGUGACGAAUGUAUUAGAACAGCAUUACUGGAAUCUGAGGAACACACAUGUCCAGUGUGUCAUCAAACAGACGUUUCUCCUGAUAGUUUGGUUGCCAACAAGAUCCUGCGCCAGGCUGUGAACAACUUCAGAAAUGGGACUGGCUACAGUAAACAGAUUCAGCAGCAGCAGCAGCUGCCACCAGCACCAGUGGGACAACCAGUGACACGCAACCCGCAACCUCUACUCCGGCCGACAAUUUCCAAACAGAAGGAUCCACUAAUUCCUCCAUCAGCUUCUGUGUCUUCUCAUUCUGCUGCUUUGUCAUCGUUUGGCCCUACUCAGGCAUCUGGGGCAGCUCAGCUGCCAGGAAUCCUGCCUUCUGUCACUGUCCCUGGUGUCCCACCAGCAGUGUCCCUGCCCUUCCCUGGACCUUUUCGCGAGGGUGAUGUGGUUACAGCUCCUGCUGCUCUGGUGAGCGCCGCUGGACUUUCUCAACCCUCCUCUCUGACCAGCAGCGGUUUGUCGGGAGAGCAGGGCUGUCAGGUUCCUGUGCUAAGACACCCAGCUCUGACAAGUCUCCUGGGCCCGCAAGGACAAUCAAUACCCACCAAUGGUCAGGCAGUGAGAGCCAGUACAGUCUGCUCAGCCAGCGGGAGACCAGGCUGGGAACUGUCCAGGUCUCCCCAUGAUGCUCCAUCUCACUCCAGAAGUUCAUAUACCUGCUCCAAGUCAAGACCAGGCUCUUCCCACUCUCGCACCAACUCUGGAUCAUUUAGUCAUUCCCAGUCUGGUUCCCACUCCCGAUCACCACCGUGUCAAAGAAGAGGCAGAGCGAACAGUCGUGACCGUCGUUCUAGUCCAAGGUCACGUCGUCAUUACCGGUCAAGGUCUCGCUCAUGCAGAAGAUGCCGCUCACGGUCAAGGUCUCCGGUGUUUAGAGGCCAGUCUCACACUAAAAGGACUGUGCCUCAAGGGGAAGGAGAAAGGGAAUAUUUUAACAGGCGCGCAGAAGGUCCAGCAUCUUCUAUGAAAGGUUACUAUGGCAGACCUGUUGACUUCAGAGAUCCAUUUGAAAAGGAAAGAUGCAGAGAAUGGGAAAGGAACUAUAGAGAAUGGUAUGGCAAGGUUUACAAGGGCUGUGCUGUUGCUGCUCAACCUCCACCUGCAGUGAACAGAGAGAACUUUUCUCCUGAGAGGUUUGGUCCACCUGGGAGCAGACAAGAGAACUCAGCGUGUGCUUGGGGAAACAGGGAGGAUUAUCCUGGUGGGCAGAGCCACAGAAGUCAUAAUAUAACUGGACAUGACGGUGAAGAACCUUCUGGAAGAGAGGGGCCUGGCAUCAGUGAUCCUAGAAAAUCAAAAGAGAAGGAGGUGAAAUAUCCAUGGGGAGAUGACAAACGAAAUGAACAGAAAAGACACCAGAAGAGAAGAAAGUGCAAUGAGAAUGAAGGAUUUUGCAGUGCUGAGUUGCUGGAAGGUGCAAGAACAGCAAGAGAGCCAGUUCCAGCAGGAGACGAUAAAACAGACUCUCUGUUCGUGCUCCCGAGCAGAGGUGAUGCCACCCCUGUCAGAGAUGAGCCUAUGGAAGCAGACUGGAUUGCUUUCAAACCAGGGUCUGGAGAGGAGAGAACAGAGAAGGACGAGCCAAAAGAAAAGAAUGACCAGACAAAGUCGAAAGUAGAAGUGGCUGCUCCUCCUAAGAAAGACGACACAAUAAUAGCAGCUCAAACUUCCCAGGAGACGGUGGACACCGAUUGUGAAAAUUCUCCUCAAAUGGAACCUCCUGUGAAAAAAGUGAAGAAGGAGUUGUCAAAGAUGAACGAUGCUGUAAUAUCUUCCUCCCAAAAGGAUGAGAAGGCUCCUGGUGCUCCAUGGAAAUAUCACCCCAAAGUGACAAAAGGUCACCUAGGAACCAGAACAGCCAAGGAUGAAAAGGUGAAGAAAGACCAUCCAAAAGAAACCAAAUCAGAGAAGCCCUCCAGAGAGGACAAGUCAGAAAAACCUGCGGAAAAAAGCAAAACUUCUGAUGCAAAACCUGAAAAAGGCAAAGGAAACGCAGAUGAAAAGGUGGAUGAGGAGCAUGAAGCCACUUGCACAGACGCCUCAAAACCAGAAACUGCUGAAUGGAAACCGUCGGCAAAGGGGAAGAGUGAGCCCGAUGCUGGAAAAGGAGAGCGAACUCCAGAAACAGCUAAAUGUGCGUUUCUCAACCGCCCCGCAAAAGAGAUUGAACUUCAGCAAGAAACUGGCGAAAAUCUUGUGAGAGGAGAAAAUGUGCCUCCUGCAGAAGAUCCUGCGGGGAAACCCAAGGCAAGCAGUGGUAAAGUUACACAGGAUAAAGCUGAGGGGAAAGCACGAAUAAGAGUAACAGCAGCUGAUGGAUCUAGUUUAGUUCUUGUGGGUUACACCAGCAGCAGUUCUACUGAGGGAAGGCCCAGGACAAAGACAGAAGAAAAGCCAGAUACAAACCAAACUGUCAUUAAGACCAUGGAGGAGUAUAGUAAUGAUCUAAGAGCUCCUGCAGAAGAUGUCAUCCUUACGAUCCAAGUCUCUGGAUUUGUGAGCAUGUAACAUGAGAGGCUUUUCUUACCAUGUUAUUUUUAACCACCAUUAAUUAGUCUGUGUGUAGUAAAAAUGUUGAGUUACUUUUAAUUGACUGGCAGAAGCAGCUUGUAUCAGUUAUAAAACAUCGGCAGAAUGACUUGCAGAAUACAUUGCAGCUCUGUUAUGUCACUUUUUGCUUGCAAUAAAAGGUUUUCAAUAAAUGGUGCGAUGUGAUGAGGUUCCAGU